AUGAAUAAAAGGAUUCGUACUCCUGUGAAGAGAAAAUUAGAAAUAAACAAUGAAGCAAGAAUAUGGGUGUCUAGGAAUUUUCAUUCUAUAGUUGUUGAAACGGAGGGAUAUGAGGCAUUAACAUUUGAUGAAAGAGAUGCAAGGAACCACAUUGAAAAUGCUAGAAGAUUGAGGCUUAGGGUAGGAGACGCCGAAUCAGUUGGAUUUUAUUUUCAUAGGAUGCAACAAGAAAAUUCAAACUUCUAUUCUGCAAUUGACUUUGAUGUAGAUGGUCGCAUACGAAACUUGUUUUGGGCAGAUGCAAGGAGUAGGGCGGCUUAUAAAGCAUUUGGGGAUGUUGUCUCAUUUGACACCACCUAUCUCACAAACAAGUAUGAUAUGCCGUUUGCUCUGUUUGUAGGAGUUAAUCACCAUGGACAGUCAAUAUUGUUUGGUUGUGGGCUAUUAUGUAAUGAGAACAUGGAGACAUUUGUUUGGCUAUUCAAAGAAUGGUUAAAUUGCAUGUCAGCCACUCCUCCAAAAGCUAUUAUUACUGACCAAUGCAGAGCCAUGCAAAAUGUCAUAGAAAUUGUCUUCCCACAGGCUCGACAUCGUUGGUGUUUAUGGUAUAUAAUGAAGAAAAUUCCUGAGAAAUUGAGAGGAUAUUCCCAAUAUGAAGCCAUCAAAUUCGCUUUACAAAAUAUAGUGUAUGAUUCUUUCAGAAAAGAUGAAUUUGAUGAGGAAUGGCAAACGAUGAUUGAAAAGUUUAGCCUCCAUGACAACGAGUGGUUGGGGUACAACAAUGCAUUGAGAAGUAAGGUUGAGAAAGAGACUAAAGCAGACUUCGAAUCUCGAAACAAAUUGUAUGAUAGUUUAACGGUGUAUGAGUUUGAGAAGCAGUUUCAUGCAACCUACACAAAUGCGAAAUUUAAAGAAGUUCAAAAUGAGGGAUCCAUUUGUACUUAUCAUGUCAAGGAAGCUGUGCUUGUGGGUGAGAAAAUGAAGAAAGUUGAAUUUCUUGUUUACUUUAAUUCAACUGAAUUUGAAAUGCUAUGUGUGUGUCGGUGGUUUGAGUUUAGGGGGAUCAUGUGUGCCCAUUCCCUUAGUGUGCUCAUUGAGAGGUGCAUAUAUGAGGUUACAGAUCAGUACAUUAUGCCGAGAUGGAGAAAAGAUUUGGAAAGAGGGUACACAUGUAUUCCAACAACAUACAUGAAAUCCGGGGCAGCCCUCAAUGCAAAGGUACAUGAUAACUACCACAAGACAUUGGAUGAAAUUAUAGAUAUUGCUUCCAACGAUGAUGGUAAACACAAAGCCAUUCAACUUGGGUUGAGAGAAAUCAAGGAAAGAGUAAGAAAAGAUGAAUCUGCUUGUGCGAGUAAUGUGCCACCUUCUAGUAGUACUGUCCCACCUUUUAGUACUAAUGUGCCACCUUCUAGUACUACUCACAAGGGUCGUAAGAUGGGUCAAUGUGAACCUCGUAAGUUGAAUUUCGGUUAUACAGACGGCAUGAAAGACAAUGCGUACGAUCUGGUUAUAUUUCAUUUUGAACAGGUUCUGUCAAGUUCUGUAUAUUUUGAACAGGUUAUAUUUGAUUCUAAACAGAUUCUGAAUAGGUUCUGUCAAGUUCUGUAUAUUUUGAACAGCAAAGCACCUCUUCUUAUUACGAUCGGAGCAAUCCAGAAUGACAGGUCUAUUAAGCAGCAGCUUCAUGUUUUGCCUCUGCAAUGUGUUGUAACAGUCAGUACAUACAAGGAAGUUAGCUUUUUAUGUGUGCUAUCUAAAAUGGUCGAGUUCGGAUUGCAAAUGGGAUUGGACUUUGAUCUUAGCACCGAGAUGACCGUGAAACAUAAAUGUCUAAAGAUUACAUUUUGUGCUGAAAGUUUGAAAUUGUCUCCAAUUUCCAGUGACAAGAGUGUAGCAGCUGGAAUUAUAAGAUUUACAAUGGCUACUGGUUCUAAAGUGGCUGUGAGAAUGGAUAUGUUGCAGAGGCAAUGA